GUGGCCAAUUGUGCUAGCUAACUGAUGACUGAAGAGGAGAGGAUACAGCCGGCCCCCGCAGCUUUCAAAGCUGAUGUGUGGACUUAUUUUGUAUUUAGGACAAAAGAAGGCGGUAAAGACUAUGACAAGAGCUAUGCAGUCUGUAAAAUCUGCACCGCCAGAGUCAAAUAUUCCGGUAACACAACAAAUUUAAGAACACGCGUGUCUAGACACCAUAGCAACGUAGCAUCAAAUGCUAAUUUUAAAACGAAACGAGGUGACCCCGCUCAACGGACAAUUGAAGAAGUUAACUUUUCGAAACUACCAGCAUCUUCAACUCGUGCAACAAAAAUAACGCAGUCAGUACUUGUUUUUAUUUGCAAAGACAUGCGCCCUCUGAGUGUUGUGGAGAAUAAAGGAUUUCGUAAUAUGAUUAAAACGCUGGAGCCCCGUUACACCGUUCCUUCCCGACAACACAUCACGGACAUCGCUCUGCCAAAGUUGUACCAAGAAGUCAAAGCGACAGUGCUGGACUCCCUCAGCUCGGCAGAGACAGUUGCUUUGACAUGCGACGCUUGGAUUUCGAGAGCCACUGAAUCGUACGUAACUGUUACAGCACAUCACAUAACGGACCAGUGGAACCUUCAGUCUCAUGUACUACAAACACGAGCCAUGCAUGACAGUCACACAGGUGAGCACAUUGCAGCGUUACUAACUGACACUGUGGCUGAAUGGGGAUUGAACACAAAGGACCUUGUUGUUGUUACCGAUAAUACACCAAACAUGGCUCUCGCAGCUAGACUUGCAGGCAUGACGCACAUACAAUGUUUUGCACACAGUCUGAAUCUCGCCUCACAGAAAGCACUGAAAAUACAAUCCGUGGUGCGACUUCUCGGGAGGAUCCGACGUGUAACAGUCUUUUUCAGGCGCCGCACCACAGCCAGCAACCAGUUGAAGCAGAAACAGUGCCUCCUUCAGCUACCAGCUCACAGAUUGAUCACGGACAUAAUUACAAGGUGGAACAGCUCCUAUGAUAUGAUAGAACGAUUUUUAGAACAGCAACCAGCCAUCUGUGCAGCUCUGCUUUCUGCAGAAGUUAGGAAGAGUGAAAAAGAAAUUUUCACAUUAAGUGAGUCUGACAUCACAUGUGUAGAAGAAGUUGUCAGGGCACUCAAGCCUAUGAAGGACGCCACCCUGGUGAUGUCAGAGGAGAGUAUGCCAACCCUGUCCAUCAUUGCUCCUCUUCAUGCCAAGCUUGUGAUGGGUGCACAAGAAAGUGUUGAUGAUACACCGACAGUAAGGGACAUUAAGACUGCCAUAGCAGAAGAUCUGGGAAAGAGAUAUGUAAAUGAGAGGGAGACACUAUGGAUGGCAUCAAUAGUUGAUCCUCGGUUUAAGGACCUGCCCUUCCUGUCUGAAGCAGAGACCAGUGAGACCUAUUCCAGACUGUUGGACACUGUGGUGACUGUGAUAAAGAAGGAAAAAAAUCAGCAAGAGAAUAAGGAGACUGACAAACAGGUGGAGGAAGAGAAUGUCACAGAGGAGGCUCAUCACCCACAUAUCAAAGACAGCUUUGACUCCAUCCCUCGGCCACCCCUAAAGAGACAGAGGACCUCAUGUGCAUUCCUCAUGUGCGUAGCUCGGAGCUACGUUUGCCUCUACUAGUGACAAUACUGCACCAAAAUCAGAACAUGAUGUUGCUGCAGCUGAGAUCAAGAGGUAUAGAGAUGAGACCCCUUUGCCUCUCACAGGAAAUCCUCUCAGUUGGUGGAAGGACCAUGAACAGGAAUACCCUCACCUAUCCAAAGUAGCAAGGAGUUUCCUAUGCAUUCCUGGAACAAGUGUCUCUGCAGAGAGAGUUUUCUCCUCUGCAGGAGACAUAGUAAAUGCACAGAGAAGUGUCCUGAGAGCUGACCAUGUCGAUCAGCUUGUAUUCCUGCACAAAAAUCUGGAAAUUGAACAAUAACCACUGAGAAAACACUAAACAUGUAAAAUCUCUGAUAUGAGAAUGUUUGACAUUUUGGUUGAGUCUCAUAAGCACUUUUAUUUAGAUGAGUAAAUUCCUUUUUUCAGGUUGUACUAAAAGUGUUCCAUUGAUGGACACUGCAGAGCUGUACUUUAUUUUAAUAGCACUUUACAUUGUUUGUUAAUGUUUACUUGGAUGGAUUCUUCAAGCAAUUUCAUUUUUGAUUUAUAUUUGUUUAUGUUAAGGUCACAUAAAAAGUGCUUUGUUUUGAUGCUCCAUAGAGCAGUUUUUGGAUAAGUAUUUUACAAUCAUAGUACUUAGAAAGACUUCAGUGUUACAUGUUUACUUUUUUCAUGUUAAAAAAAAAUACUUGAUAUUUCAGUAAAGUAGUUUUUGUUUGUUUAUUUGACAUGACUUCUAAUAAGGCAGAUGUUAAUUUCUCCAUUCAUUUUGAACUUAGAGAGAGUGUUUAUGUUUCAUGUCAAGCAUUUAACAGUUUGGACUGUUUACUGUGGGUUUUCCAAACUAAAUUCAGUCCUACUAAACACAAAUAUCGUCUGGCUUUUAGUAUCGCAAUGUAUCGUAUCGUCUACCCUGUAUUAUGAUACAUAUUGUAUCGCCAGAUUCUUGCCAAUACACACCCCUACCCACAACCAACAAUGACAACGUCUUCAGCUGAACGUCUCUCAAUAUUAGGUAUCGAUUGUGAAAGUUUCUCAUCAACUGUCUCACUUAUGGUGCACGCCAUAGAUCCACUGUCCACUAAUGCUUUAAGAACUUGUCCACUACUAGUAGUCACUGCAGAGUAGAAUAAGCUAUCAGUGUUUGAAAGCCUAUGCAAGCCCUGUGCAAUCAGUGUUUUAUUUGGCGGGACAAUGCCACUGUAAGUGGAAUACAAAGUGUCAUAAUCAUUAAUAUCAGUCAUGUCCAAGGUGGGAGGCUUACUUUCUGGAUCUGCGCUGUCCUCCCCUCCACGCAGAUCGUUCAGUUUCCCUGAUGACCAUUGGAAGGAGUACACUUGCCCACUGGGCAGUUACGUCUCGAAUGACCAGGUAGGUGACACAGGAAGCACCAUCUGUUUUCCCGACAGUGCGUGAGUGUGGAGUGAGAGCUAUCUCUGCAGAUGGAACAUGGUGUGUCAUCCAAGCCCGGUAUUCUCGGCAGUCGGGCACUCUGUCGCCUGGCAUUAGCCCGAGCAUAGCCUGGGCCUUGAAGCAGCACCUUCUCUAGCAUGCUGAUCAACCUCUCAAUAGCAGGGCCAUCCUGACUCACAGCUGGUCUCUGCUCAUGGUCAGCCAAGCAAGGAGUAGCAUCUGUGCUAACUUCUGCCUUAUUCACAUAGACACAGUUACCCUUCUGUGGAGGAGACUGGAACCCCUUUCCCAGGUGAUACUCAUCCAGUACCUCCUGAACUUCAUGAGCUGACCAUUUAUCACAUGUUUUGGUUCUAAAAAUAAGAGCCAAGUCUCUGCAGGGGCAGUGUCUGAUGAACAUGCGUGCAACCUCCACACCAGAGUUCUCAAACGAUUUCCCCUGCUCCUUAAGACAGUUGCCAACAACAUCAGCAGCCUUGUUCAGCCUCAGCCAAUACUCAUAUGGAUCCUCCCGGUCCUUCGGCAGGGUGGAAUAAAAGUCAGCCAGGGGCACAGACGAGCACUGGGUGGAACUAAAAUGUUUGUGCAGAAGUCUGUAGAUAGCUUGUGGAUUAUGCCGGACAUCAAUUCCACCAUUCCUCACACCAAAUUUCACAACAUCUUUUGCCCUGCCUCUCAGAUGCAUCAAAAUCUCCUCAGCUUGGUUUUCUGGGAGAAUGCCACUCUUCUUUAUGUAACUCUGCAUGGCUUCCUGCCACCCAUCAACAGACAAUGAGUCCGAACUCUCCCCCCGAAACACAGGUGGGUCUUUAACCUGUCUUGGAGCCACCAGCUGGACUUGAGAGAGAUCUAGUGAGCGGCCGGAGUGGAGAUCCAUACAUUUAUAUGUUACAGAAGCAGGGCUCGAAGUGUGUGGCGUAGUCAGGUGUGACAGAAUGCUAUCAGCCAGGCGUUGCCCAAUUUGCUGCACAAUGUCGAUCAUUUAGUCGACUAGACUCACAUCAGUUAUUGGGGGAUCUGAGGUAGAUGCCUUAGUGCACUGUACUGACUGCGAAUUAGCCACAAGCCCACAAGAACUACCUGCUGCUCUAUGCCCCACCCGACAGUCACCCAGUGAAAAAGGAACAGUCGUAAACCCUCUACCCCUACCCACACCAAGGGGAGUCACAUUUGGGGUGUCAUCAGAGUCACUUAGAUCCAUAUCUAGCAGGAUAUUAAAAGAGCUAAGAUGGGCUUAAUACAAUAUGGUGAUAUACAAAGCCAAUAUGAAAGUAUAUCCAACAGUCUCCAAAGUUUGAUCCUGUUACCCAACAGUCUAAACAAUGAGGAAGCUGAUGCUCCACGAUGAUGCUACGACGAGAAGACACCAGCCUGAUCCAGCAGCGUCAUGAACGAGUCACGGCACCAAUGUGACCUCUGUGUAGUGUCUUCUCUGGUUUGCCUGCAUUCACAACAAAAAGGCAAUGGUUAGAAUGCUCUCUUUUAAUGUCGUGGGCAAUCAGCACAAGAUCUCGCAGGAAUCCUCCAUUAUUCUGAGGAUUACAUUUCCACUUGCAGUGUGAUCGUAUAGUGGUAAAUUUAUACAACCAAAAUAGAAAAACCUCAACACCAUUAACAUUGCAUGUUAAAUUUCCCAAAUGAAAGGAAUAUAGAAAUAUAUUUCAAAGCUGUACAUGAAACAAUGUGAAUUCUCUAAACAGUGUGGCACAGUCACAUACCUGCAUUCACAACAAAAAGGCAAUGGUUAGAAUGCUCUCUUUUAAUGUCGUGGGCAAUCCGUACAAGAUCUAAAUGGGAAAGCAACAACAGAGUUAGCUAACUAUGCUCCCCUUUUGUUUCCUCUCUUCGCAAUAAAGAAAUCUCACCUAAACA